AUGGCUGCGCAACGUCGCGGUGGCGGAUUGCUCUGGGCUGCUUUGCUGAGCGGGCUCGCCCUCAAUGUGCUCGACCUAAGACGCCCUGCCUUCCUGGCGGUGGAGACGCACCAGAAGCCGGUGCAAUCCCGUCGCAGCUUCGCCUGGGCAGUUGGCGCUGGACUUCUUUCCGAGCCUGCGUGGGCAGAGGAGGAAGCGGCUCCGAAGAAGAAGAAGGAACGACCGCCUGAGACGCUGAUUGCCGAGGGUUUGGAGUCCAAAGCAAUUCCUUUGAACGGGCGCUGGUCGAUUGUCUUUGGGAAGAAGAUCGCUGGAAAGCCCGUCUACAAGAAGGACGGAGAAUCGUACUUCCUCAUGACCAAUGAUUGCGGCCAGCUACAAAUAGAUACGGAAAAGAAGGCUACUUGUGACGGUUCCAUCGGCAUCCAGAAGGAGUCGGGCUGGGUCAUUGAUGGCAAGGCUGCCGCGAACUUCAAGGUCCGGCCCGAGACCAAGGAGGAUGCCAAUAAGAGUCAGGGCAUCAGCGCG